UGGAAUGAUUUCAAAGGGCUCUACGGUAAUUUCUGAAAUUAUUGUAUGGUUGAUUGCUCGCGAGUCUCCAUAGCAACAUAUGCCGCGAAAUUAUCCCAGAGUUUCAGUCGGCUCUGUUUUUUCUUAGUUUUAUUGGAACAUAACGUAAAAAAUGGAUUACAUGGUAAUACCAGACUUCGUAGAAAGGAAAGGAUCUUUAUACCUGAGAUCUGAUCAUAUGAACUACAGCAGGGCAACGCUGAAUUCAAAUUGGCAUCAAGCUCGUGAAGCAGAACCUAAGAAUUAUGACAUCAACGUCUUUCCUAAACCACCUGGUAGAAAUCUACACACGGCUACGUAUGAAAGAAUUGGACAUUUAAAGAGUAAAGGCUUGCCAAACACAACAACAAAAUCAGCACUGGAGCAGAUCUCUUUAAAACCAGAUUUUACCGAACGUGAAACUAGAAAAAGUAUGGUUGACGUUGCUUCAUUUGGACAUGCUAUUAUUGACAGAGAACUUGAUGCCCCAUCUCGUGGAUUUGGAGCUGUUCUGCCAAGACAUCACCCAGACUAUGAUAAACUACAUUUAGAAACAACACACAAGGCAGACUUCACGCCUCCUUACCCAUAUGAUCCAGCACCAGAACGUCCACCAGAUUUCCCAGACAAUUCGAAAGCCCACAGGCGAUACCAGUCACAGUUCACGGAUACAGCAGACUACAGAAGAUCAGGGAGGAACACUUGGCAAGAUGAAUCAGGAGUUUAUGGGAACACUGAGGACAAAAGAACAGUGUUCCCCCGCACCAAUCCCAUUCCUGAGAGACUAGUACAAGGACUGAAAUGAAAUUUGCAAUAUCUUUAUUUUUGUAUGAAAUUUUAAAUAUGAAAUGCUGUAUAAAUAAA